AUGGUGCUCCUUGCUUGCCACCUGCACGUCUCACAACAACCUCCCUCUCCCUCUCUCUCCCUCUCCCCCUCUCCCCCUCUCCCCCUCUCCCCCUCUAACACUCUCCCCCUCUCCCCCUCGGCCCCUUCCAAGUACCUCGCCUCUGCUCAGCCGCUCCCUGCUGCUGCCUGUAGUGCAUCCCGCCUCUGCUGUUGGUGCUACUUCUUUUCGGCACGAGGAGGCAUGAUUCCUUGGUGCCUCUUGCACGUUGUUGUGAGACGACUCCUAGCCUCCCCCUCCCCCUCUGCCCCUCUCCCCCUCUGCCCCUCCAGGUACCUCGCAUUUGCAGCUCUGCUCAACCGCACCCUAUUGCUGCCUGUAGCGCAUCCCGCCUCUGCUGCUGGUGCUUCUCGCCCCGACGGGUCGUGGUUUCAACCCGGGCUGAGGAGCGAAGGGAACCCUGCUGGCUCUUUUGCUGCUAAGUCCCACUCACUCUCCUCCUCCACUACCCUCUCCUCCUUUCUCUUCAGCACCUCUCCACACUCACUCCCUGAUGCAUCUGUCAGCGGCUUACCCCUCUCGAGAGUGCCGAGCAACACUCGCAGGCGGCUUGUGGGCAGAGAGGGAAGCAAGCGAAAGGAUAUGGAGGAGAGACGCGUGGGAGAGCGAGGAGAGGGGCGGAGACUGUUGCAUACAGGGAGGACGGGCGAAAGGGGUGGUAUACCUGCUACUAAGGAACCCGUUGCUAAUACACCUGCUCCUGGCAUAACUGCUACCAUUAUGCCUGAUAGGAGGGCAAUUGCAGCGUCAGGUGACUCAUCAGGUGUAUUAGGAGCAUCAGGUGUAUCAUCAGGUGUUUUAUCAGGGGCUCCAGCAGAGUGGAUGGACCUGGGAGUGGCUUUAGACGUGGCAGGCCUGCAGCAGUGUGUGGGGCAGGGGCGAGUGCUCACUGUGGGUGAAUAUAUGAGAGGCGAGGGGGUUGGGAGCGGUGGAGAGGGGUGGCUAGGGAGGGUGGGGGGACUGUGGAAUCAGAGAGGGGGGAGGGGGAGGAGGAGGGAGGUGGAGGUGAAGAUGUGGUGGUGGUGGCACGGCGGCGAAUCAGUGCGUGCCACGUGUCAGCAGUUCAUUCGCGAGGCUCCGUGGGCAAAGCUGUUACCCCAUGAUGAUGACGAUGGUAGUGGUGGGGUUACUGAUGGUGCUACAGCCGGUGACAGCAACAGUGCUGAUAGUACCAGCACCACCAGUAGUAGUACUAGUGCUGCUGCUGGUACUAGUGGUAAUGGUGGUGACACUAGCGAGGGUGCUGGUAAAGAUUCCAACAUAAACGACCCGGCAUAUCUCGCCCGAGUCUGUGCAGCACCCCCCAUCCCCGCCGCCAACGUGUCUCUCCGCCAGUUCCUCUCCUUCUUUGGCCGCCGCACAGAGCAAGUCAUUGGGCUGGGAGACGUCUUUGAGGUCACAGGGAAGGUGGACGAAGGGGAGGUGAGGGAGGUAGUUGGGGAGAUGGGAGAUGUGGAAAAGAUGGGGGGAAAUUUGAGAGAAGUGGAAGCAUCGCAAACAAACCUGCUCCUAGAAGGUCAUGCGAGUUCGGACGGUCUCCCUGGUCUGUACGACGGUGUCAACGGUGCUGUCCCCAUCCUGCCGUCCUGCCGCCUCGCCAUGCGCCCGCACCCCGCCACCCUCUCCGCCGCCCACGCGUUCGCGCGGCGUGUGCUCGGCACACGCUUCGCCGCCCUGCACCUGCGCCGGACGGAUUUCGCGACGCACUGCUUGAGGCCGGGCUUCCGGUGCUGGUUACCGCUGUCUCAGAUUGCUAGAUGCGUGGCUGAUCGGAUCAAUGCCCUCAAUGCUGCUGCUGCUGCCACAGAUACAACUGCUGCUGGUGCUACUGCUUCAGGUGGUGGUGCUGGAGGGAAGGAUGGGAACGAGCAGGAGCAACAACAGCAGCAGCACCACCACCAACCUGUGCGGACUCUUUUUGUCGCCACGGAUACAACCGACCAGGUGAGUGAGAGCGUCGCACUGCCUGAGGCCGGGCUUCCGGUGCUGGUUACCGCUGUCGCAGAUUGCUAG